GUUGAACUUGAUGCCGCUGGUGCCCACUGCUUGCCAUUGGCGGCACAUUUUCAGUUUCUCGCAAAUGACUUGUAAGCCGAGCUGAGGCCUUCCAUGGUCUGAAAGGACUCAUGUCCAAGCGUUGAUAUAGAACCAAGUCGUUACCAAGUCGAUGACGCUUUCAUUUACACAUAUCCGUACGAAUGUGAAUAUCUGGACAUGGCCUGGUAGGAAGGAUAUGCAACUAAUCUGCCAUUGGCUCCGACUCGAUGAUCGGAAUCUCUCACUAUGUCUCAAGUCGCCCGUGACAUACUUUGACCACGAAUCUAACGAGUUUCAGAACGAUAUCGUUCGUCGUGCUAUCGUCCUCGCCAUGGAAACACAAUGGGGGGGGGGGGGAUGUACAUCUCCCCAGCAUCCGUCCUCCUUCCUUGUGGUAUUGAUGCUGCAUGCAUUCCCCCAGACGAAGCCCUCUCGGUCCACUAUACGCCUCCUCCUCCCAUUUUUCAGCUUUCAGCCAUGAAAACGAUCUACAUCCCUGGUUUCGGUGGCGUCGUGAGUGUCGUGGAGAUUGAUAAGUCGCAUUUGAUCUGCAAGCGAUUAGUCCUUGAUGUGGAGUUUGACAAAAACAUCGAGCUCGAACGUCGCCGGCGCGAUAUCCUCCAGUCUGAACUGGACGUCUAUAGCCUCCUCCAUGGAUCACCUUAUGUCUUCCCUAUCGUCGGCCGUGUCGAAAGAGUCCGGCACUUUGUCGUCUACGAUGAUCCAUACGUCAAAGAUGUUCCCGUAACUGACCGAUUUCUCAUUCCUUUCGCUGGGACGCUCUCUCAAUGGUGUCUUGGAUUUCGUACCGAGUGGACCAUGCAGGAGAAAGAGUGCCUUGCUCUCACGCUCAUGGAUGCCAUGCUUGACUUUGAGCAGCGCGGAGUCUAUACAACAGACUUGAAAUGUUCAAAUAUCCUCCUUACAAAGGGAAUUUUGAAAAUCAUCGAUCUAGACUUGCAGACGCACACACUGGGAUAUUCUAGAUGGGGCGUCGAGGGCGGUAACGCGGUUCAGGCUUUGUAUAACAUGUCCAUGGCAAUCAAGGAACUUUUCUUGUCUGGUACCACGUACACAAUCCAUCGUGAAGGGGCCGUUCCCAAGCCUUUUGUCCAACUCAUCGAAUGGUGCGAGGAGGAUCCCUUUGGUUCUGUCGCCGAGAUGAUGGUAAAGACGGCAGAUAUGCUAGAUCCCGUCCGUGCCAGCGUCAAGAAUAUGUCUGCUUCUACCUUGGCAGAGGCGCGGCUGUCGCGAUGCAGAUCACUCGCAAAGACGGAGGAUGAAUGGCGGUUUGCACGAACGUAUGAUUCCGAGCUUGAUGAAUAUUUUUCUUGGUUGCCUAGGUAUUUCGAAGUCCCCUCCCUACCUCUGAUUUGCGCCUAA